AUGUAUCGCCAGAUCAAAAUAGCAGAAAAAGAUCUACCGUAUCAGCAAAUCCUGUGGCGAAACGCUCCCGAGGAACCCCUACACACAUACCAGCUCACUACUGUCACGUAUGGUACCACGACAGCUCCCUUUCUUGCUACACGAUGCCUACAGCAACUUUCUGACGACGAAGCAGUUAAUUUUCCAGCGGCUGCACGUGUGGUGAAAAAAGGAUUUUAUGUUGACGACCUGUUAUAUGGAUUCGACACCCUCAAAGAGGCGUUAGAAGCAACGGAGCAGUUACACCUCAUGAUGGCAUCAGCUGGUCUAUCAUUACGCAAGUGGUCGUCGAAUUGCCGUAAUGUUCUCAACGAAAUCCCACGCGACUACUGGGAGACUGAAAGGGUGUUGGAGUUAGACAGUUCGGCUCCAGUUCAAGCUCUUGGGCUGUUGUGGGAACCAAUGUCAGCCGAUUUUUUGUUCAAAAUUCCACAAUGGACCAAACAAACUUUUUCUACAAAGCGAAGCGUACUGGCACAAACAGCUAGCUUAUUUGACCCGUUAGGAUUGGUCGGACCAGUGAUUGUCAUCGCCAAAAUAUUCAUUCAAGCGCUGUGGGAGUUAAAUCUUGAAUGGGAUCAACACUUGCCUUCGGAGCUUCACGAGCAGUGGAUGAACUUCGUAAGCCGUUUACCGAUCCUCAAACAGCUUCGUAUUCCCCGAUUUGUUUUAACGGACAACAUCGUAUCUCUUCAACUGCACGGGUUUGCCGAUGCAUCUCUACGAGCAUAUGGUGCAUGCGUGUACUUCAGAGCUGUGUCUGCAUCGGGUGGUGUAUCGAUACGUCUCAUGACAGCAAAAUCUCGUGUUGCUCCUCCGGAACGAAGACGACCUACGCUAGCUCGGUUGGAGCUGUGUGCAGCUCUCCUUCUGGUCAAUCUACAGAAAAAGGUGCUAGAAAGUGUGGAAGUGCACUGCCCAUGUUAUUUUUGGUCGGAUUCCACGAUCGUCCUACACUGGCUAGCAAAGGAACCGUCAACAUGGAAAAUCUUCAUCGCAAAUAGAGUAGCUGAAAUCCAACAGCUGACACAAGGCGGAAUCUGGAACUAUGUUUCGACCAAUGAUGACCCAGCCGAUCAAAUAUCACGCGGUUUGAAUCCCAACGACAUCAUUUGCAAUUCGUUGUGGUGGGAUGCUCCCCACUGGCUUAUGAAUCCAGUGCAAAAUUGGCCGAAGUCUUUACAUUUGUGGAAAAAUGUCUCUCCUCCCUAUGGAGAUCUCGAGUUGCGUGCGACAGUAUUGGUUGCUAUCGAAAAGGAGAGAACGCACGAGAGUUGGUUAAAACGCACGUUCGAAAAUUAUGAUUCUUUUCACGACGUUUUGCGUGUGAUGGCAUAUUGUAGACGCUUUGUCACAAAUUGUAAGCGUAAAUCAGUUCAAACCAACAUCAUAACUGGUCCGCUGACAGCAUCAGAAAUCAAAACAGCAGAAAUGCUCUUCAUCCGCCAAAUACAACUCGAAACGUUUCCGACAGAAAACCGCCAGUUAUCAGCAGGUUUGCCUAUUAACAGAAAAUCAUCCUUACUGGCACUGAAUCCUUUCAUACGAAAAGGUGAGGACCUAAUUCGAGUUGGCAGUCGUUUAAAAAACGCUUUUAUACCAUUCGGUCAGAAACACCCUAUCCUACUUCCAAAGCAUCAUUAUGCCGUCGAAUUGCUCUUUCUUGAUCUGCACCGGGAAACUUUGCACUCGGGUCCCUCACACUUGCUAACAGCAGUUCGCAGAAGGUUUUGGCCCAUAGACGGACGGAAUAAAGCCCGAGCUACCGUACGCAGCUGUAUUACCUGCUUUCGCUAUCGCCCAAAAGUAGCCGAACAGAUCAUGGCUGACCUACCAUCUGUUCGUGUAAAUCAAGACAGGGUUUUCCGCAACGUCGGGAUUCAUUAUUGCGGCCCAAUCGUCAUUCAAGGCAAACGUAACCAGCCGCCAAUUAAGUGCUACAUAUGUGUUUUUGUGUGCAUGACAACGAAGGCUGCACAUCUCGAGCUCGUUACCAACUUAACCACAGAGGCUUUUAUCGGUGCGUUAAAAAGGUUUUGGGCAAAACGUGGAUUCCCCCAGCACAUCUAUUGCGACAACGCAACAAACUUCACGGGUACUGAUCGUGAAUUGAAACGGUUGAAACGGCAGUUCGAGUCUCAACAACAUAAAACUGCAGUUAUCAAUGAGUCAUCUCGUAUUGGCAUCGAAUUUCAUUUCAUUCCUCCACGAUCACCGUCGUUUGGAGGACUUUGGGAAGCGUGCGUCAAGUCGACAAAGGGAAUUCUGAAUAAGGUGUCUAUGGAUGUUCGGCUCACUUACGAAGAGAUGCUAACUACACUAGCCCAGGUGGAAGCCUGCCUAAAUUCGCGACCUCUCUCGCCGAUGUCUAGCGAUCCCAAUGACAUGCAGCCUCUAACUCCAGGCCACUUCAUCAUUGGUGGUCCGCUUGAAGCAAUACCUGAACCCGAUCUCCAGCAUAUUCCUUGCAACCGCUUGUCACGGUGGCAGAGAAUGCAGCGCAUGUUCCAAGAAUUUUGGUCCAGAAUUUUGGUAAGGAGUACUUGCCAACUCUUCAAAAACGCUACAAAUGGCCAAGCCCCAAGUCCAACUUAUCAGUUGGAGACAUGGUGCUGUUACAUGAGGAUAAUCAACCGCCAUUCAAAUGGCCAAUCGCACGAGUCACAAAGGUCAUUACAGGAGAAGAUGAAAAGGUACGAGUUGCUGAAGUGA